AUGGGCGGUCCGGCGUCUGAGAAGGAGGUGGCGGCGGGCCCGGAGCCGGCUCGCGGCAGAGCGCGCGCGUGGCGGCGGCGGCGGGCGAGCCGCUUUGUGAAGAAGGACGGCCACUGCAACGUCCACUACGUCAACGUGAGCGAGAAGGGUCAGCGUUACCUGGCCGACAUCUUCACCACCUGCGUGGACGUGCGCUGGCGCUGGAUGCUGCUCAUCUUCUGUUCAGCCUUCCUGCUCUCCUGGCUCUUCUUUGCUUGCGUCUUCUGGCUUCUGGCCAUCCUCCACGGUGACCUGGAGGUCCGCGGCGGCGGCGGCGGCGGCGGCGGCAGCGGCGGCCACCCGUGCGUCUCCAACGUCAGGACUUUCACGGCCGCCUUCCUGUUCUCGGUGGAGACGCAGACCACCAUCGGCUACGGGUCCCGCUACGUGACGGACGAGUGCCCGGCGGCCGUCUUGGCCGUGGUCUUCCAGAGCAUAGUGGGCUGCGUCAUCGACGCCUUUGUGGUCGGCGCCAUCAUGGCCAAGAUGGCCAAGCCCAAGAAGAGGAACGAGACCUUGGCGUUCAGCCACCACGCGGCUGUGGCCGUGAGGGACGACAAGCUGUGCCUGAUGUGGCGGGUGGGCAACCUGCGACGGAGUCACCUGGUGGAGGCUCACGUGCGGGCGCAGCUGCUGCGCUCGCGCACCACCGCCGAGGGCGAGCACAUCCCUCUGGAGCAGACGGACAUCGACGUGGGCUUCGACAGCGGCGUGGACCGCAUCUUCCUGCUGUCGCCCAUCACCGUGGUGCACGUGAUCGACGAGGACAGUCCUCUGUACGACGUGGGCGAGCGGGAGCUGCGCGCCUGCGACCUGGAGGUGGUGGUGAUCCUGGAGGGCAUGGUGGAGGCCACGGCCAUGACCACGCAGUUCCGCAGCUCCUACCUGGCCUCCGAGAUCUUGUGGGGCCAUCGCUUUGAGCCCGUGCUCUUCCCGGAGAACGACCGCUACCGGGUGGACUACUCGCGCUUCCACGCCACCUACGAGGUGCCCGGCACGCCGCGCUGCAGCGCCCGCCAGUUGGGGCGCGACAAGUACGCGGCCUCCGCCGCGGGUUCCUUCUGCUACGAGAAUGAGCUGGCGGCGGCCGAGGCUCGGGAGGACACGGACGAAGGCAACGGCGGCAGCGUUGGCCCCGACGCCCUCCAGGACCCCGAGCCCGAGCCGCUGGGGCGAGAGUCGGAGUUGUGAAGUGCGCCAGGCGGGCGGCAAAUGGGACUGGAAAAGACCGCCGUUGGCCGCCGGCUGCUGCUGCCGCCGCUGCUGCCGCUGGCGGCAUUUCUCUGGCUUGCUGGCUCUCCUCGGCAUGUAGUUGACUUUUCUCCUCUUGUUUGUCUUCUUGCUCCUUCCACCUCUGGUGGCUUUUCUUGCUCCUCAGCCUUUUCUCCUUCAUGCAAAAUAUGACUUAUGAAUGAAGUUUGACGUUUCUUCUCUGGUUUGGCGAACGGUACAAAAGCAAAGCUUUGCUGGCGCCUAUCGCAGGUUGUCGCACAUUGGCCACCUUCCUAACGUUCACACUUUUCUACCGGGCGUAAUAGCACUUUUUCUUGUAUUUUUUUUAUCUAUCAUUUGUGUUUUCAAUAAAAAUGGAAUCGGC